AUGCCGGGUGAUAUGGAUUCGAGAGGAAUGCUGGCCGUGUUCAUGCAGCCAGAUUCAUCCCUCGAUGAGGACGAUACAGGCGCCAGAUACCGAGAAACAGACGGCGUAACCACAGCCUGGUUAGCCUUUUACGACCUUACGAGUAUUUCCAUACUCUCAGAUUCGUCUUACAGGGCAUUGCGUGACAAUCGCUCAGAGAAAGAGGUCAGAGUGCUUAGUGGUAUACCCACCAGAGAGAGGAAAGCCGGAGAGUUGAUUUCCACGAAAGGCGGCUUCUCGGAAGAUGCUUCUGUGCUAGUCUGGGUUGAGAUGAGUUUAAAAGACAUGGCUGAUGAAGAAGAGCUGCAUAGAUGGUAUGAGGAGGAACACAUAAAACUUCUCUCAAAAGUCCCCGGUUGGAGAAGAAGUCGACGUUACCGCUUGGUUGAUAUGGAUACCCAUGUACCCAUAAAUAAAUUCCUUGCAGUGCACGACUACACUCUAGAGAACGGUCUUGAUGAUAGUCCUGAGAUACAAAAUGCAAGAUCGACACCAUGGAGGACCAAGAUUUUCUCCUUGUUGAGCUCGCAUACUCGACGGAAGACGCUUGAGCGUUGCUACAGAUUUGGCGCGGCACCGAGAGAUCUUCUGCAUCUCCCGAGUGCGGAGAAGGUUGUCGACACAUAUAUACCACAUGAUGGUUAUCGCCUUCACUAUCGCCUCGAAGGAUCCGUAGAUGAUUCAAGCCCUGUCUUGAUCUUCUGCAAUGGUCUGAACUGUGACCUGCACAUGUGGGAUGCAGCCAUAGCGCCUCUGAAGCAGCGUUUCCCCAACUUUCGCUUUCUUAGAUACGACACCCGUGGUUAUCGUUUCGAGGGAUGUGACAAACCGUUGACGCUCGACGUCGUCACAUCAGAUAUCAAAGCUCUUUUGGAAGCCUUACUCAUACAGAAAGCACAUGCACUCAUUGGCGUCAGUAUGGGGGGAAUUACCACUGUUGCAUUUGCCAGCCGAUAUCCAGAUCGCUUGGAGAAAUUCAUAGCAUGUGAUUUCGCCGUUUGUUCCGACAAGGCGAAUGAGGCCGCCUGGGAUCAACGCAUCCAAUUCGCCAAGGAUCAUGGCAUGGAGGCUCUUGGUAAGCAGUGUGUAGAGCGGUGGUUCACUCCAAAGAGCCGAGGCUCUCCAGAGUGGAAGAAGGCCAUCUCCAUGGUAGCUGCCGCGUCUGCCAAGGGAAUGGAAAGCUCUGCAAAAAUUCUCUACAACUAUGACGAGACGGAGAACCUGAAGGGUAUCAGGCUGCCGGGCCUUUUUGUUGUGGGUGCCAAGGACGGUAAGUGCAGCGAAGUCAUGAAGGGAUUUGUCGCAGCGAAUGCAACAAAUGCAGUGUUCCGGGAGGUUGAAGGUGCGGGACAUUUGCCGAUGAUUGAGAACGUUGGUGGCUUUGUUGACUGUGUCGAAGAAUUCUUGAGGGUAUGA